AUGUACUGCAACAAACUCAGUUGAUUCCAAUAACAGUUUAGUCUUUUUCCGGAGCUCGACACUGUUAGGCGCGUGUAGAAAUCAAACUGGAAAAAUGAUAUUAAGGUUAUGGGAAGUGGUUGUGCCAGUGAUGGUUCUUAUAAACGCGAAAACAUCAACAGCUCGAGAAGAAGACGAAUCUAAGGAAAACAUUAUUGACAGCGAUUUUGAAAAAGUACAAUAUGUGGAUCCAAUCAGAAAUGAUUUCAUCAGUGAAAUGAAAGAUCGAUACAAUGAUAAGAAUAUUCUAAAUCAUUACGACUUUGUAAUAGUUGGAGCAAGCCCAACGGGUUGUGUGCUAGCGAACAGAUUAACGGAAAAUCCUGAAUGGAAGGUGCUUUUGUUGGAAGCCGGAGAACGAGAAAAUAUGUUCGUGAAAGUGCCGGUAUUUGCUGCCUAUAUGCAGUCUACCAGCUACAAUUGGGGAUACUUAGCCGAACCACAGAACUAUUCUUGUUGGGGAAUGAAAGAUCAGCGCUGUGCAAUGCCUCGCGGAAAAGGACUAGGAGGAUCCACACUGAUCAACUACAUGAUGUAUGUACGAGGAAAUCGCCACGACUUCGACAACUGGGCCGCAAAAGGAAAUCCUGGAUGGUCAUACGAAGACGUACUUCCAUAUUUUAAGAAAUCGGAAAAAUCUUUUUUGAACACCUCCAACUGUUAUCACGGAUCUGACGGACCCCUCGAUGUACGGUUUGUUCCGCAUCGCACUGAAAUGUCACGCAUAUUUAUCAAUGGGCUUCAGGAAAUGGGAUUGCCGCAGGUUGACUACGACGGCGAACAUCAACUGGGAGCAUCGUUCCUCCAUUCUAACUUGAGGAAUGGACAACGAUUAUCGGCAAGCACAGCAUAUCUAGAUCCUGUUCUGGAGAGACCAAAUUUACACAUUCUCACCAACUCCAGAGCUACGAAAGUUCUCAUUGAUCCCAAAACUAAAAGAGCGUAUGGCGUAGAAUUUAUUCGUGAUAAGAAGCGUUACGGGGUGUUAGCAAACAAGGAAGUGAUCCUUAGUGCAGGUGGACUUCAAUCUCCGCAAUUACUGAUGCUCUCCGGCAUCGGACCUUCAGAACACUUGAAGAAUGUAGGAGUGGCGGUAGUUCAAGAUCUACCAGUGGGAAAAGUUUUAUAUGAUCACAUUUAUUUUACCGGUUUGACUUUUGUAACAGAAACGAAAAAUUUCACGCUUCAUGCAAAUCGGGUUCUAACUCUGAAAAUGUUUGGAAAAUACCUUCAAGGUGAUGGAACCCUAACAAUUCCGGGGGGAGUUGAAGUGAUCGGAUUUAUAAAUACACAAAAUUCUAGCCGUGAUGCGGUUCCCGACAUUGAGUUAUUUUUUGUCAAUGGUUCACCAGCAUCUGACCAUGGAAGUGCGAUCCGAAGAGGUCUUCGUCUGAAGAACGGCGUGUAUGAGACGUACCGUUCACUCGAAUCUGGUGAUAUGGAUGCAUUUGGCGUUAAUUUGGUUUUGCUGCAUCCAAAAUCGAGAGGUUACAUGGAGCUGAAGAACAGCAAUCCAUUCCAAUGGCCAAAAUUUUACACAAACUUCCUUAAAGAAGAUGAAGAUGUGGCAACCAUUCUGAGGGGUAUUAAAAGAGUGCUAAAAAUAGUAGACACUCCCAUUAUGAAGAAGUACGGUGUUAAACUUCACAACGUACCUCUCCCGACUUGUGCACGCGAAAAGUACGGCACCGAUGAUUAUUGGCGCUGCGCAAUUCGAACGCUUUGCACUUCAAUGUACCAUCAGACAGCAACUUGUAAAAUGGGACCAUCGACUGAUCCAGAAGCGGUAGUUUCUCCAGAACUUCAAGUGCACGGAAUCUCCAACUUACGGGUAGCAGAUGUCGGUGUUGUGCCGGUAACCUUCAGUGGCCAUCCGGUUGCCAUUGCGUAUAUGAUCGGAGAAAAGCUAUCGGACAUAAUCAACGAGUAUUGGCAGAAACGAUCGAGUGGUUAGGAUGGGAGGGGAAAUCUACAAACUAAUAAACACUCACCACAAAGCGCAAAACGCCAAUUUUUUAUGUUCAUUGUUACCUGUAAAUAAAUAAAAGAA